AUGCAGACGCUGAAGGAAUAUUUAGGACAUCGUGAAACGCACAGGAAAUAUAAGUGCACUUGGCGCGAAUGUAGAAUGAAAUUCUUUACCCAAAAGGGACUUCGAGAUCAUUACGAAAUACAUCAAUCUAAAGCUCAACGUGAAAAUUCUAGCGAUUCCUUUCCUUCUAAACAUAAACUACGAGAAUAUAAUCAACGAUGCCACGGAGUUAGAG